AUAAAAUUUUGUUAAACACGAUGAGUUUAUAGGUUAUAGUACCUAAUGUAAAUUUCCUGUGCAUGCUUAAUGUUAAAAAGUUAUUUUAAUGCAACCCGUAUUUUGUAUUGCUGUUUUGGCCACAUAGUAGUAGAGCUUAUUUCUAGGUUUGAGAACAAUGUUCUUGUACACUUGUUUUGUAUAAUAUAUGGCAUUGAACACAAAUGAGCUAAAGUACCCAUGGAACGACUUAGUGAUAAAAACGUCUAAACGUUGGGUUCGAUUCCAGGUCCAUUUGUCCUAAUUACAGUUGUCCACUUUUUCAUGAAAUCACAGGAACACUCAAAAUUUUCAUGAGAAAGUUUGGCGAAUUGAAUGCCAAUACAUCUGACUUGAAAGAAGAAAAAAAUAGUAAAAAUACAGUAUUCUGUGAGCUAUAAGUUUUUCCAGUGUGCCUCACCAUGGAAGUUGCCACGCAGUUCAUGAAGGACGUUAUGCCACCGGCCCCGUUGUCGACUGCAGUGCUUGUGACGGACCUGAACAAGGAGUCCCAGCACGCAGGAGCCUCGUACAUGAUGAGCGGCACGUGUGGGGACAGGUGUUGGGGCAUGGCCGCCUUCCAGCCGCAGAUCAUGACGCUCGAGAUCGCGGAGAACCGGCUGAGCAUCGUCGGCAAGCCAUGCCAGCCCCCGGCGGUGCACACAAUGGAACGUAGGUUGUCACCUCCAAGGGAAGUAAAAUUCACUGAUAACAUUAGCACACAGACAGACUUCAAAGACCUGGAGAAAGCUGAGAGAAAGUUACUAUUAAAUCAGACCAAAAAGAAGCAGAAGCAGUUGAAACCUGUGAAGAUCACGGAUGCGAGGACUAAAGAAGAAGCAUCCAUUGCAACCGCUGGAGAACAGUUCCGUGGCCACCUGGAGAAUCCCGUGCAGACUGCAGGAGUCGUGACCGAGAACACGUCCGAGGAAUCCAAGGAGGGUAGUGACGUGAACGACGGCUUUCCCGUGGGAGAACAUUUCCUGACGCAGCCUUCAAACUCCCGUCCCUCAGGGAGCGAGAAAGUGUUCGCAUGUUACAUUUGUGGAAAGACGUACACCCAGAAGCCGAACUUGGACGUCCACAUCCGACGCCACACGGGAGAGACGCCCUUCGCCUGCGAGAUUUGCCCGAAACGUUUCGCCAGCCGUAGAUCGCUCAAGAUCCACCACGUGUCCCACACGGGCGAGCGUAACUUCUCCUGCGACGAAUGCGGGAACACGUUCACCCAGAAGAGCGCCCUCAACAUCCACUCGCGCAUCCACACGGACUACAAGCCGUUCGGCUGCAGCAUCUGCGGCAAGCGCUUCACCAUAAACACCUACCUCCGGUCGCACAUCCUCACGCACACGGGCGAGCGGCCCUACACUUGCAGCGUGUGCGGGCGUGCGUUCACGCAGAAGGGCGUGCUCAACAACCACAUGCGCACGCACCGCUCGGAGAAGGGCUUCGCGUGUGCGGAGUGCGACGAGCGGUUCCCCACGAGCGCGGAGUUCAAGUCGCACGUGGCGCGUCACGCGGAGCUCCGAGCGCCGUGCCGGCCGUGCGAGGAGGCGUUCGCGCGCGACGGCGGCUCGAAGCCGGCGGGCGAGCGGCCGCUCCUGUGCGAGUGCGGGCGACGCUUCUACGACGCGGGGGGCGCUGGAGAAGCACCAGCGCUGCCACUCCGAGGACAAGCACUUCGGCUGCAACGUGUGCGGCAAGCGGUUCAGCCGCGCGCACCAGCUGGAGAACCACAUGAUCGUGCACAGCGGCCUGAAGCCCUUCCCCUGCCACGUCUGCUCGCGCAAGUUCGCUCGCAGCAGCGACCUCAAGAGGCACCUGCCCGUGCACAAGUAGUCACGGCAUUAUUAUACUAACAAUUACUUGUCAUCGUUUAGGGUUAGAGUUUAUAUCGUAAACUUAGUAAUGAAAUCUCUUGGGAUGUGAGUUCCAUAGUUAGCUGCAACUGCCUCAGACAUUAUUUGUUCACCACAAAUAACUUGUUUAGGGUUACCAGAUGUGUGGCUUUCAGAGAGACGCAUCAACGUAAUGAGCACUAUUAAUAAACUCUUGCAAAUAUGAUGACUACAUUACUAGGCUGUAGGUGAAUUUAUCAAAAACGUGAUUUAAAAACAAUCUGGCUCAAUAUAUUAGGUGUACAAAUACAAAAGUAUAUUUAUAUAUUAAAUUAAAAGUAUUAGUUUACCAAUUUGGUAAUCAUUCACAGCAAAAUAAAGUAACAAUAUUCACAGAAUGUAUACAUCCUUAUGUCUUUGAAAAUUUUCCUGAAAGAUGCUCAAUAAUUAAUUCUCAGAUGGGCAGUUACAACCAUUUUGGACAUUGUCAUAAUAUGACAAUAUAUGACAAUAUUAUGUUCUAGAAUGUUUUAAUGCUCUAGUAAAUUUGUCACGAAAUUGUGAAUAAGAAAAUUGCUGUACAACCUUAAAAAUCCAUUUGAUGUUUUCUCCAAAACCUCUGUUUUCAUCGUCCUCAAACAUUUACCACUGGAAAUAUCAGGUCGCAGUUGCAGUUUAAUUUCCAUCACAUUCUCCCACGGCAUACAAUACAGUCUUCUAUAUUUUUACUCUCUUACGUUGUAACCAAUUAUUAUUGAUAUUUAUUUGUAUUAUUUAUUAUUUUUCACGUGUCCACCAACUUUCAGGAGACUUUUGCAGUGGCACGACACAUAUGUGCGUAAGACAGCAUACUCACUACAAGUCCAUGGAAAUGCCUUCCGGUAGGCACCAAGAACAGGUAGGCACCACCUGAAGGGUAGCACUGACAGAUGGACACUGCUUUCCGGAAAACAGAAGCACUUUUUGUCAAAUGUUUUUUUUUUUUCUCAAGCACCAAAACAGACAACUAUACUAGUAAAACAGGACAUGUGCGGGUAAAUGGAAACCUCUGGUAACCCUAAACCAGUCUCGGUGUGUGAAGUAGGAUAAUGGAUAUUAGUUUGGUUUUAUUUAUAAUUUAUUAUCUUUUAAACCAAUAACAAUGUAAAAAUGUAAGAGACUCUUUGUUCUGUAUUCAAUCCAUACAACUUUUGUUAUUUAAUGAUUUAACGUAACUAAACAGUUUCUAAGGUGGUUAGAUUGUGUACCUUGCAGUAAAAAUGUCUAACAUUAAUUAGUAGGCUUUUUAUGUGCUCAUAAUUUUAAAUAAUAGACCAGAUAAUUAUGUUGUAAAAACAAUAAUUUUUUGUGCUAUUUAGGGUUUAUUACGUGAAACCCUUUUUUAAUUUAUAAUUUUGUUUCCCUUUUGUUUGUACAUUUUGUUAUCAGGCCAGAAUAGUGUGACAGGGUGUAAAUAACUGCAUUCCAAGCUUUCUUGGAUUACAUAAUACAAUUAGAUUUUUAAUUUGUUACUAGGCUGAACAGUUUUUACACUGUAAUGGCUGGAAAGACAUAAUAGUCAAAACUGCAUGCUGGCAGGUACAUACAUGAGUGAUGACUAUUCUGCCAUGGUAUUUUAAAAACCAGUUAGGAAUAACUAUGACUUUAUUACAAUUUUACUGUUGGGAAAUGUCUAUUGUAGGAUGAGUUUUGACUUAUAAUGUAAAUUAAAUUCCUUAACAUUCUCUAUGGUAAUGCACCAAGUACAAUUUAUUACAGAUUUCAAUAUGGAUUCUUUUUUUAAAAUUUAUUCAGAGAGCUGAAAAUAAUUUUUAAAAUGUACAAUUCAUAGUUCAUACAUAAUGUGUUAUUUAUCAUAUUGUAUAUGUAUGUAUUGUUAUCUUCAAUGUGAGUUUUUUUAAUAUUUCAUAUUAUUUUACAAAAUACAUAUAGGACAAAACACACAGUAUUCAGAAUUAAAUAAAAAUCCAUUUUCUUUGAUUCUGAUUCUUAAAAAAAAAAAAAAUCUAAUGUAACAAAGAAUUUACUUGACCUAGUAUCCAAACCUUAAUGUCAUUAGAUUACAUUAAUCAUAAUUGACUAUGACUAUUACACUUAUAGUACUCAUUUUAUAUUUUGGGGAUCAUUUAUUAACCCUGCAUGUCCACAUAUUUUUUUUAUAUUUGCACUUAUUUCAUAAUUUUUUAUUUUUGAGUAACUAAGAAUUUAAAAUAAUUUUAUAAUUAUGUUUUGAGAAAACUUU